AUGGGAGUGGACAAUCACCAUACACCUGUGCAACAGGGACAAUCUUCAUAUUGUCCAGACUCUACGAGCUCAGCAGCGUCGAGGAGUAACAGCUCAACAGCAUCGAGGAGCAACAACUUCUCCCUAGAUGCAGACCUUGAGAAGAAACAGACACCUGGAGAGCUUGACGAGGAAACCGACCGUGACCCCAACCUAAUCGAAUGGGAUGGGCCCGACGACCCAGAAAACCCUCAAAAUUUCUCGGCAUGCCGGAAAUGGCUUAUAACUGUCGUGCUCGGUCUGAUGACCGUCUCUGUAACCUUCGCAUCCUCCGUAUUUAGCACUGCCUCGGUCGUCACUGCGGAGAAAUUCGGCGUGUCGCAAGAAGUGAUGGUGUUGGGAACCAGCCUAUUCGUUCUGGGAUUCGCUUUUGGGCCCAUCAUUUUCGGCCCUCUGUCCGAGUUAUACGGAAGGAAGAAGCCGUUGAUCAUCGGAUUUUACAUCUUUGCUAUCUUCCAGAUUCCCGUGGCUGUGGCACAGAACUUACAAACCAUUUUCGUCUGCCGAUUCCUUGGAGGACUGUUUGCGAGCGCACCAUUGGCAAUCGUCGGAGGCAUGCUCGCAGACCUUUUCGGUCCUGUCGACCGGGGUAUCGCCGUGGCCAUUUUCGCAGCCAGCACCUUCAUUGGGCCCGUCGCUGGCCCCAUCGUCGGCGGCUUUGUCACCAUGUCGUACCUGGGCUGGCGCUGGACCGAGUACAUCACAGCCAUCAUGGCGUUUUUCUUCGGUACAGUCGGCCUGUUUGUCGUUCCCGAGACCUUUGCACCGACGCUCCUUCAGCAGCGGGCGCGCAACAUCCGCUUCCGCACCAAGAAUUGGGCCAUUCACGCCAAAGCAGAUGAGCACGAGGUUGACUUCAAGCAUAUCUGCUACGCCUACCUGCUGCGCCCGUUCAUGAUGCUCGCCCUCGAGCCAAUCCUAACUCUCAUCACGCUCUAUAUGGGGUUCAUCUACGGAUUUCUGUACCUUUGCUUCGAGGCCUACCCCAUUGCGUUCCAAGAGCAGCGGGGCUGGAAUCCCGGUGUCGGUCAGCUCCCGUUUCUCGCUAUCACUGUCGGCGUACUCGCCGGCUGUGCUAUCAUCAUUACAUUCACCAAGACGAGAUUCCAAGCUAAGCUUAAGCAGACGGGCCAGGUCGUUCCAGAGGAACGGCUGAUUCCUAUGAUGAUUGGUGGUCUGCUGUUGCCAGCCGGAAUGUUCUGGUUUGGCUGGACGUCUAGUCCCAAUAUCACUUGGGUGCCGCAGGUCAUAUCGGGUGGAUUGCUGGGUGCUGGUGUGUUGUUGAUUUUCUUACAGGGCCUGAACUAUAUUAUCGACGUAUAUGCCAUGAACUCCAACUCGGCAAUUGCCGCCAACUCCUUCUUUCGAUCGUGGCUUGGAGCUGGAUUCCCUAUGUUUGCGACUGCCAUGUUUCACACUCUCGGCGUGGAUUGGGCGAUGACUCUGUUGGGAUGUUUGACGGCCAUCCUCUUCCCCGUACCCAUCAUUUUCUAUAUUUACGGCAAGAAGAUUAGAUCGUGGAGCAAAUUCAGCCCGACUCUAUAG